GGCCAAGGUCUCCCUGCCUUUGGGCCGGCCUUGCCAGUAACGCCGUUGCACUCUUCUUUGUUCCGCUCGCAGUACGAAACCUAAACCCUCGGCGAAAUUGUCUAAUUCGAACAGCAUCGAAGAUGGGAGAUAUUUCGUCUGGUGCCGGAGAGGAUCAGAAAGCGACGAAGCUUCCGAUUCCGGGCAAAAGAAACAUCCUUAUUACCAGUGCCCUCCCUUAUGUCAACGAUGUUCCUCACAUUGGAAACAUCAUUGGAGGUGUGUUGAGUGCGGAUGUCUUUGCCCGGUAUUGUCGACUGAGGGGAUACAACGCGAUAUACGUAUGUGGUACUGAUGAGUAUGGUGCAGCUACCGAGACCAAGGCUUUGGAAGAAAAUUGUACUCCUAAAGAAAUUUGCGACAAGUAUCAUGAAAUUCACAGGGACGUGUAUGAAUGGUUUAAUAUAAGUUUUGAUGAAUUUGGACGAACAUCUUCUCCACAACAUACCGAAGUUUGCCAAGCAAUUUUCAAAAAGUUGCAGGAGAAUAAUUGGCUUUUUGAGAAUACAGUUGGGCAGCUUUACUGUGAUACAUGCAGUAAGUUUUUAGCAGAGCGGCAUGUUGAGGGUACCUGGCCAACACCAGAACUCAUCCAUCCUAUAUACGUAUGCAAGGUCUGCAAAACGAGGCCUAGAAUUCGUGAUACAGAUCACUUGUUUCUUGAACUCCCUUUGUUGGAAGAAGGAUUGAAGCAACGGUGUAUUACUAGAGAUUUGAAGUGGGGUGUCCCUGUCCCUUCUGAUAAAUUUAAAGAAAAAGUUAUCUAUGUAUGCUUUGAUGCACCUAUUGGAUACGUGUCAAUUACUAAAUGCUACACACCUGAGUGGGAGAAGUGGUGGAAAAAUCCUGAAAAUGUGGAGCUAUAUCAGUUUGUCGGCAAGGAUAGUGUUCCAUUUCACACUGUAUUGUUUCCUUCUACACUUAUUGGGACUGGGGAGAAUUGGACUAUGAUGAAGACUGUUAGUGUUACAGAGUGCUUAAAUUAUGAGACAGGCAAGUUCUCUAAGAGUAAGGGUAUAGGCAUAUAUGGAAAUGACACGAAGGAUACAAAUAUUCCUGUAGAAGUAUGGCGAUACUAUCUAUUAACAAAUAGACCCGAGGUAUCAGACACGUUAUUUACAUGGGCAGAUUUUAAAGCGAAGUUAAACAGUGAAUUGCUAAACAAUUUAGGCAAUUUCAUAAAGCGUGUCUUGAGCUUUAUUGCUAAAGAUUCAGGUUUAGGAUAUGGUUCCAUUAUUCCUGAUGCUCCAGAUGCAGAGUCACAUCUUUUAACAAAAGCUUUAGGAGAUAAAAUCGGUGAUUAUGUUGACGAAUAUGUAGAGGCCAUGGAGAAGGUCAAGCUAAAGCAAGGAUUGAAACUUGCAAUGAGCAUCUCUGGUGAGGGGAAUGCAUAUCUACAAGAAAGUCGAUUCUGGAAGCUUUACACGGAAGACCCCCCAUCAUGUUCCAUAGUAAUGAGAACUUCAGUGGGCAUAGUUUAUCUUCUUGCAUGCCUUUUAGAACCUUUUAUGCCAUCCUUUUCCAUUGAGGUGCUCAAGCAGCUCAAUUUACCCCUUCAACUAUCCCUUUCUGAUGAUAAAGGUGAUAUUAAAAAGGCCAAAACCCCUUGGGAGUUCAUACCUGUUGGCCACAAAAUUGGGACCCCUGCUCCAUUAUUUAAGGAAUUGAAUGAUGAAGAAGUGGAGUUUUUCAGGAGUAAGUUUGCUGGAAGUCAAGCUAACAGUUAGAGAAAUCGUGUAAGAUGGAUCGACCUCAAUGUUUAUGGAUUUAGUCGUAUAUAAAACGAAGUUGGUUGAUUUUCGUAACAUUGUUUAGUAUAUGUAUUUUGCAGUUGAAAUUAUGUAUAAAUUAUGACUUUCACGAGCAAUAUCAUACCUCCUCACUUUUGAUGGGUUAUACCCUUCUUUCCUUCACUUUCCUUUCUCUCACCUAAAAGCCAAGAAGUGGGAGGGAAGUCCUUCCU